AUGACCUAUCAGAAGUCACUGCAUGUCUCGGUGGGCUUACUGGGGAUCUCAGGCGGUAAGAUUUUCUGUCGUCGGUCUGUUGUGUUUUUUAUUUUAACUUUUGUAUCAACAUGUUAGCUUUAUCAAGCGAGUUUGAAAGUUUUUAAAAUCCUAAAUAUCAUUAAAAAAAUCAUGCUGAUAAAUGUAAAGCAUCCUUGUAUUUUGGUAUCGAACUGAAGAAUGGUUUUGAAAACAGUAAAAGCCAAAACAAGUCAUCAUUUCUCUGUAAACGAUGUGCACAAAUAAAAAUAUCCUAUAUUCUGUCUGUGGGUUUGAAAUCAGAUCUUUGGAGACUUGUGUGAGAUCAAAAUAACACAGUCCAGUAGAAGUAUUAAAAGUUUUAUUCUUUGACUAAAGCCAAAACAAAAGUCAAAAUGUCAGUGCAGGUGAAAUAAAUGACUGAAACAUCUGUUAUUCUGAGAUAAAAUUGAUAUUAAGUUGCUCUAAAGGGAAAAUCUCACAUUUUUUAUCUAAGAUUAGGCUCAAAAAGGUGCUUGUGUUGUUUUUUAUUUCUAUAGCUGCUUUUAUGUUAUGCCAUCUUUUCCCUUUUUUUUAAAUCUCUUUUACCUCUAUCUUAUUUUGACUUACUGUCUUUUUAGCCUUUGUUUAACUUAUAAUCUUUUCCUAUUUAAACCUCUAACCUUUUUCCUGCUCAUUUUUGUUAUUCCAUUUUAUCAUUACUAUUACCGUCAUUAUUAGUUUGUUAUGAUUUCAUUAUCAUUAUUCAUAUCGUCUUUUUAUAUGUACUAUCCUGUUUCCUGCUUUCUACCCCCCUUUUUUAAUUACAUUUCUUUUCUUACCUAUUUUAUGUUUUUAUUUUGGUCCUCAUAGUCUCAUUUUGUGUUGUAGGGUUCUUUUAUCGUCUGGGAUCCUUAUGACAAAUGAAAUUGGCCUUCAAUUCGGAGGCCUUGUUUUUAACUGAGCAUUUAUUUUUCAUUUGUUUUUAUUUCCAUGUGCUGAUGUUCGGUGCUUUAUGACUGUUUGUCAAAGCACAUAAAAAUAAAGUUAUUGUUAUUAUUAUUAUAAUUAUUAUCAUUGUUGUUGUUGUUGUUGUUGUCGUUGUUGUUAUUAUUAUUAUUAACUUUACAUAAUUGAUUAUUUAUCUGCUAGGUUCCCUCUUACUUUUGGUGAACAACUAUGCCAGCUCACCUGAAAGAGACUUCAUCCCCCAUACUGCUUUGGGGAUCCUGCUCCUCAUUAUUGCAGCCCUCCUUCUUUAUGCAGGUGAGUUUUGGUGGAAGUUUAUCUGAAGAAGUGUCUUGACUCAUUCAUUUAAAAUGUUGUUUUAUCUUCAUUUGUGCAUUCAAUGUAUCUUUUUGUCUCACAGGUAUCCGUCGCAGUCUUUCCCACGCUCAGCUGUUUUCCUCUCUUUGCCUGACUGUCUCUGCUCUGUGGUUUGGUUCAGGGCUGGUCUACAUCCUGGUGGGUCAGGGAGUACUGCGCUCCACAGAUCUGAAAUCCUCCCUGGUCCCAGGUCUUGCAGCAUUCACCCUAGCCCUGCUUAUUAUAGGCAUCAUAGCAGCCAUAGCAAAGAAAGCCCUCCUGUGUCUUAUAGGUGUCGGGAUUAGCUUAGCAUGUGCCCAUCAAAUUGCAGGUUUGUCAGCAGCAGGUUUUGGUCAGUCUGCCACUGCUGCAAACUACCUUCUGGUCUGUGUUGUGGGAGUUUACUUUGGUUUUGGACGUCUACUGUCCAUCAUCACUAAUGGUAAGGUGGAGGUUCCAGGAACACGCCUGAAAGGAAAACAUGAGCUAAAAACAGAGCAGAGCAAAGGCUGUGGUGACCUUGUGUCUGUGGGUCUGGUAAUGAACCUGCUUUCUGCCUCUGUGCUUGUCUAUCCUCUCCUGGAUGUAGGUGUGAGUGAGGAUCCCCUGCCCUCUGUGGGUCAUGUCCCCUGGCUGUGGACCGCUGGGGUCUUCCAGCUCUGCAUUUGUGUCCUCCUGUACAGAGCCAUGGACACAUUGGCUGCCACUUUUUACGGCUUUACUGCUGUGCUAAAGUUUGCAGAGGGCUACAGUGCUCUGCUUACACACUUCACAAUUCAGCCUCUUUCCCCUGUUCCCUUCCCCAUUGUCUUCGCUAUUUUGUUCUCCAUCCUGGCUCUGUUCAGCUGUCAGAAGAGCGUGAUGGAGGGGCUUUACCAAUUAUUCUUUACAGCUUACUGCAUCGCAAUAGCAUCCCAGCCUAAAGGCUUCUUUCAAGGAGGCACACAGGGUGUACAGGGUGCUAUAUUUGUAAUAACUGCUGUAAUGCUUUUCAUUACGACCUUCAAUAUGGUCUCCACCACAAAGAUUCCCACAGGUCAGGCCAUUUUCAAGACUGUAGCUACCCGGAUGCGGGGUGUUACUCUCAGAUCCAGUAAAGAGCUGCAUGUGCCCCACCUUGGUUACUCCAAGUAUGCAGAUGCAGAGGUGUUAGGCCAUGCCUGCAGCGUUUUGGCUGCUUUUGCCAUAACAGCAUCAGUUGGAGAAAAAGACCCCCUGACUGUUCUAAUUCUUCCCUGGGUGGUGGUGGCUGGAGGGGCCCUCCAGCUGCUCUGUGGCUCAGUGGCUUUUGCCAGAGGUAAAACUUUUGAGAGCACAGUUUUUAUCUUCUAUGGGAUGAUGUGGACAGUGUGGGGGUUGACACGAUACGGCGGCCUGUACAGGGAAACCAGGAGCUUUAAUGUGGCUGUGGGAAUUGUUAGCUUCAUGCUGUUUAACUGUUUAGUGACAGCUGCAGCGCUGUUUCUUAACAUCGCCUGGUUUGCUUACACCUUUACCUUCCAGCUCAUCCUGAUAAGCUUCCUGCUGGACGCUGUUGAUGCAUUACCGUACGGUUACGACAUAGGAGUCACUAUAAUCUUUGGUCUUAUCAGUUUUUACUGCUUCCUGGCACACAUAUUCAACAGCACCUUUCAGAGCCCACAGAUCCCCUUAGGAAAACCAUUAGUCAGACUUAGUGGACUUGGCGGGGGAGCAAAUAUCUGUCCCCAUGUACCAGCCCGUAAGGCCUCAUCUGUGAGGCAGAUUGCAGGUAGGAGUCUGUCAAAAAAAUAAUCAUAUUUUGUGUAUUUUUAGAAAUUCACAGCUGCUCAUGUGUUUGAUGUAACUGUCUUUGUCUUCUCCUGCCUGCAGAAAUCAUGAAAAACGGCGGCAUAUGUGGAAUGCCGACUGACACGGUCUAUGUGCUGGUGGCAGCUUGUAACAGACCUGAUGCAGUGGUCAAAGCCUUCAAGUGAGUUCCAGUUUUAUUGAGACCUCUCCUAUCUGUUACUUUAAUGAUUAAUGGUUGAGUGCCAUUACUCUGUAACUGCUGUGUUCAAAUACAGGGUGAAAAAGCAGGCACAGGACCGACCCAUGUCCAUGUGGAUCUCCUCUAUCAAGCAGCUGGACCCAGUGCGACACCUCCUGAGCCCUCUGCUGCUGGACUUCAUGGAGGCUGCGUGGCCCUCCUCCAUCAGCAUGGUCAUACCCAGAGGUCAGUUAAUAUAUGUGACAGUGUGUUUUAAGUGUUUAUUUUCCUUGUGUGGGCUCUUCACAUCAUGUAGUAGUGGUUUCACAUGCAUUAUAUUGGUUUCUUGAAUAAUUUAGGCCCAUGGAUGGACACCUUUGGUUUAGGAGAUGCUGCCAAACACAUCGGGACUCCAAAAAGCAUUGCUAUAAGAAACCCAGACUGCUCUGUGGCCACACACCUCAUAAAUCUGGUACUGCUGGGAAAAUGAAUCACAGCAUAUUUUAAGGUCAGGAUUCAACAGACUGUUUCGUAAACAACAACGUUCUGUCUUGCAGGUGGGGCCCAUCGCUGUUACCUCAGCCAACCCUACAGGCGAAGCAGACACAACUCACCACAACCAAGUUUAUGCCAAGUUAGGCGACAAGGUGGGAACAGUAUUUCAGUUUAAUUUAAGACAAGAGGAACUGUGUUUUUGUGUUUUUCACCAGAGUAUAUGAGUAUUUUGCUCUAGGUGGAUGGCGUGUUGUGUGAUGGACCAUCCCCAGAGAAUAUUGCAUCCACUGUUGUUGACUGCACUAAGAUUGAAACAGGGCAAAUUGGUUUCUUCAGGGUGGGUCUGAUACCCAAGUCAAAGGUAAGAAUAAUGAUGGUCCAUCUUUUUCCAUUUGCUCUUGAUUACGUAUCGCAAGUGAGGUUAAAUGUACACUGACAUCUGCUCCUGUUGUGUAUGUGUUCUAUGAAGGUUCUUCAGAUCUUCGAGGAGGUUCAGAAGCGGCACAGACAAGGGCAAACAAACCCUGCUUUUGAACAAGACCUGUCAGAUACACAAAGUGACGAAAGUUCAGGAGAUGAAAACACAUCACAGACAGGACAAGCAUCUACAGAGUCUCCUGAGCAAAGUCCAGACCUGAGAAAUGAGUCAUAACCUGAAUGCAGUGCUUUAAAGUGCCA